UAUGUAUCUACUAUAUGGUCCGUGGCAUGAUCGGGCUUCAACCUUGAGUCUGUUCGUUUAAUUUAUUCUUAAUUAUUCCCCGAGAUUUGCUCCUCUGCUCCAAAGCUUCCAAGUGGUGAGAGAUCGAUGCUUCUCCAUCGCUCCAUCUAGACCCUUGUGCUUCAUUUCGCGAGCCAUGGCCACCCUCUGAGACCUCGUGUAGAUUCAAUCCAGGCCGGCCUUUUCUCACACUCUUCUUUUUUAUUUGUAUCUAUAUCUCUGUUUCGCCUCCUCCCUCUCUCCCCCCCCUCGCCGUACCUCACCCUCCCAUCCGUCACCAUGAUUGCUGGUCCCUGGUACCACUCCAGCUCGGACGCAUACCAGUCGACGACCGCCAUGUCGCAGUCCUCGCCAUGCCAACCGCCCCAGAAGAAUAGAUCCUAUACUCUGCCCUCGUCCAGUACUAGCGCUCCGCGGACGUCGAGACCGAAGCUCACGCUACAGACAGCCUGUGUGCCUAGGACCUUUGGGAAAUCGAACACAGCACUCUCACUUCCCUUCGUAUCUGACCCCACUGCGUCCCCCACUGUGCGCAAUACCUUCAAGAACGCAUACAAUGUUGCCUUUCCCUCUGCGCCUUCGUCUCCCUCGAUAACAUCCAGCAACAAGCCGUGCAAGCCCUCGUCCCGCCCUGCCUAUAACAGUGCCAACACCAACACCAAUAACAAUGACAACAACCCCUACCAGCUGCCACGAGGGCUGAAGAGCAUCCUUCUCAACUCCCCACUAGAAGCGCCUGCGAGGCGGCGACACUCCUCCAUGUCCGUAGCCUCCAACAACCCCAAUGGAGGGCCAAGCGCAUCGCGACGAGUAUUCUUCCCGGUGAGAAAGCAGGUCAAAUAUCGAUAUCCUCUUGAGGAGGAAAUACGCACCGUCCGCUUUACUGCAAGACACUCCGAUCUCGAGGAUGAACCAGAAUCUAAACCUUGCGGCCAUGGCGAUGGCGUGUCUGAAGAUGGUGAAUCCGAUAUGAGCUCAACCCCAUCACAUUCAGACACCAGCACCUCCGACGAUGACUCAGUAGGAGAUUCGUCACCUGCAGCAUCCGAGAUGAAGAAGAAGAGAAGACAUCCAGCUUCUGAGAAACAGAUCCAUGUUGUUGCGCUCAGGGACAGUCUGGAUGGGAAAUCCACCUCCACAAUGCCACCGACUCCUCAGUCUCGCACGAAACGCCGUCGCGAGUGGAGAUGGACUCUAGGCUCUUUGGACACGAACAAUGAUAUGAAUCAUCAUCUUUUAUCUGACCCCCCUACAACACCCGUCGCCGCAGCUGCACCCACAAUGAUACCAACAUUCCCUAAUGAAGUCGACGAGAAAACGACAGAAUCCGGUCAAGAACAUGAAAUGAAAGAGCAGCAGCGCAGCCCUUUUAACAUUGAACCAGUCUCCUUAUCGGAUAUUCAUCGCCAGUUCUCCAGUUCCAUUAUUUCCACAGACAUACAUGAAAAACAUGAGCAGUCAUGACUCAUGAGAAAAUGAAGAGGCAAAAAAAAAUUUUUUUUGAAACCAACCAUUAAAGCUUAAAGCCCAGUUCACUUGAAGUGCUACUCGGGCUGUUAUUUCCCAAAACUGCAUCAUGGCGUUAGUGAAAUAUGCAUAUGCAAAGAGCAUGUUGUGGAAGUUCUUCAUGAAUUAUGCCGGGUGGUCUUCUGAAAUUCCCAUGCUUAUGAUCCAUUUUUAUACCCGUUUUCUUUUUCUUCUCUUUUUGACUUGUAUUUUCCAUCUCACUUCUCUUUUCUAUUUACAUGGAUUUCGUUUUUUUUAUUCUUCUUCUCAUUUCGUCUCUUCGUUGAUAUCAUUCUGCAUAAAUCAUACACACUAGACUUAUAUACCACCAUAUUAUACAUAGCGCAUUUGCCCUGUUUAUGUGCUCUAUAAAGCUUUUCAACGAAUCAAUUUAGAAAAACAUAUAUAUCUACAAGAUACCUCCAGCUCCCAUUACCCCCCUAUUCAAACCCAUUUCUAACAGACCCAGGAGUCUCCAAUUGAAGAUAACCCAGAAUUUUGAUCCGAGCGGACGCUCCCUGGGAUACGGUCAGUCACCACCCCCAACAAACAGGGUUACAGGGUUUACCGUUUACCAAUGCUACAUAUUACAAAUGCAACGGUCGAAAAUAUGGACUGACAUGUCUGCCAAUUGGGCGCUUGAGGCAAGAACCUAUUUUUAAAAUUUAAUGAACCCUUCCAGAUAAUAUCACGC